AGAUGGCGGCCGUGGCAACGAGAAGGCGGUUUCCCUGAGAGGGGGCGGGAGGGAAGGGAAAUAAAAGAAGCUCCCGCGACGGAGGAGGAGAAGGAAAAAAAAAGAUAACGACGCCGGCGCGGCCCCUUCCUCCUGCGCCGACUGGUUUCUCCCCCCUCACUUUGGCUUUGGAGGUGGGGCGAGGAGAAAGCACAAACGCGAGCCCUCGAGCGAGGAUCGGCAGGGACUACUCCGGGCAUGGCCCAGGUUGAAAGAAGAAAAGGACACCUGCAUGCGGCCAAUGAAGAUGCUCUUUACUUCGACAUCAGCUAUUUAAGCUGAAUGCAUUGUGAUUUCCAGUAAUUGAGACAGUGGUUCUGAAAGCUGUCUACAUUAAUGAAAAGAACAAUGUAGUCAGCUUAAUUGAAUCAUCAGUGUUGCAUAUUGAAUAGAGCAUGACAAAUCCGAUCUUGAUGGACUUCUGCAUGUUAGGAGUAUAGAUAAAUAUACCUUUUAUUUAAAGCCUUGUUUUUUGUAAGUUUUAAUUAUGGAGAAUUAUGAAAAUGCACCUCCCCUUCCAAAAGAGCCAGCAACAGAAGCGAAUGUGGAGAACCAUUCUUGUCCCCCACCACUGCCGCCUAAUGAACAGCCUCCACCACCUCCCCUGCAAACGUCCAGUGACGCAGAGGUAAUGGACGUUGGCUCUGGUGGUGAUGGACAGUCAGAUACCCCUGCUGGGGACGCACAUACUGUCGGCAGAAUACAACUUCUCACAAAGGGAUCGUCAUGCUACAAAAGUCGUCUUAUUCUAGAUCCUAAAAGUGACCAAAGCCCAAGAACUGCUCGUCAUGCGCCGUCAGUUAGAAAGUUCACCCCUGAUCUUAAGUUGCUUAAAGAUGUAAAGAUUAGUGUUAGCUUUACAGAGAGCUGCAAAAGUAAAGACAGAAAAGUUCUGUACACUGGAGCUGAGCACAGUUAUGAGGCAGAUACAGAUUUAGGUAUUAAUAAUGUUAAUGGGGAUAUGCAUGCUUGUCCUCUGGGUGGGGGUAAUAAUGGUCAAGCUACACGGGUAGCCGGUGAAAAUGAUGACAAAAAGGAGGAUGAAAAUGAUGUAGAUCAGGAAAAGCGAGUUGAGUAUGCAGUUCUGGAUGAUUUAGAAGAUUUUACAGAAAAUUUGAUGGAAAUAGAUGAAGAAGGAGGGUUUACGUCUAAAGCAAUCGUUCAGAGAGACAAAGUGGAUGAAGAAACCUUAAGCUAUUCUUACGAGGAUGAAUUUGAUAAUGAUGUGGAUGCUUUGCUGGAAGAAGGCCUUUCUGUUCCUAAGAAAAGGAGAAUUGAUGAGAAAUAUGCAGGGGAGAGUGACCAUCAAUCUGAUGGAGAAACAACUGUGCAGCCAAUGAUGACCAAAAUAAAAACAGUUCUUAAAAGUCGUGGCCGUCCACCUACAGAGCCCUUGCCUGAUGGAUGGAUCAUGACAUUCCAUAACUCAGGCAUUCCUGUAUAUCUGCACCGAGAAUCCAGAGUUGUCAGCUGGUCCAGACCUUACUUCUUAGGAACAGGAAGCAUAAGGAAACAUGAUCCCCCGAUGAGUAGCAUUCCAUGUUUGCAUUAUAAGAAAAUGAAGGAAAAUGAGGAAAGGGAACAAAGUAAUGACAUCACCCCAAAUGGGGAAGUAUCGCCUAUAAAACUCAUGGAUAAGUCUUUAGAAUUUGACUGCCAAACAGAGGAGCCGGACUCCACUGCUGCUGAUUCUGGGACUUUAGAUGAGAAAGACCCACCUGGGGGAGAUGCAGCACAAGGAGCCUUAGGUCAAGUUAAGGCCAAGGUUGAGGUGUGCAAAGAUGAAUCAGUAGAUCUUGAAGAUUUUAGACACUACCUUGAAAAGCGUUUUGAUUUUGAACAAGUAACUGUAAAGAAAUUCAGAACUUGGGCAGAGAGACGACAGUUCAAUCGUGAGAUGAAGAGGAAACAAGCAGAGUCCGAGCGACCCAUUUUGCCAGCCAAUCAAAAACUUAUUACUUUGUCUGUGCAAGAUGCACCCACAAAAAAAGAGUUUGUUAUUAAUCCCAAUGGGAAGUCUGAAGUUUGCAUCCUUCAUGAAUAUAUGCAACGAGUCCUAAAGGUUCGACCUGUUUACAAUUUCUUUGAAUGUGAGAACCCAAGUGAGCCUUUUGGAGCCUCGGUUAUUAUUGAUGGAGUGACUUAUGGGGCAGGUACAGCAAGCAGCAAGAAACUUGCGAAGAAUAAAGCUGCCCGAGCUACACUGGAAAUCCUCAUUCCUGAUUUUGUUAAACAGACCUCUGAGGAAAAGCCCAAAGAUAGUGAGGAACUAGAGUAUUUUAACCAUAUCAGUAUUGAGGACUCACGGGUAUACGAACUGACCAGUAAAGCUGGACUAUUGUCUCCAUAUCAAAUCCUUCAUGAGUGCCUUAAAAGAAACCAUGGAAUGGGUGACACAUCCAUCAAGUUUGAAGUGAUUCCUGGUAAAAAUCAGAAGAGUGAAUAUGUCAUGACAUGUGGGAAGCACACCGUGCGUGGCUGGUGCAAAAACAAGAGAGUUGGGAAACAGUUGGCAUCUCAGAAAAUCCUUCAGCUGCUUCAUCCGCAUGUGAAAAACUGGGGGUCCUUACUGCGCAUGUAUGGGAGAGAGAGCAGUAAGAUGGUUAAGCAGGAGACGUCUGAUAAAAGUGUGAUAGAGCUUCAGCAGUAUGCCAAAAAGAACAAGCCAAAUCUGCACAUUCUGAACAAGUUACAGGAAGAAAUGAAGAAGUUGGCACAAGAAAGGGAGGAAACUCGAAAGAAACCCAAGAUGACAAUUGUCGAAUCUGCUCAACCUGGCAGCGAGCCUCUGUGUACUGUUGAUGUGUGAUCAGAAAGAAUAAUUGGGGAGCAAUAAAACGUGUGAAGAAAGCUAGUCCCCCCACCCAAUUUAAUUAAUAAUUGGUUUGCUUCAGAAUGCAAAAUAAUGUAACAAUCCAAGCUGCUUCAAAUAUGCAUUGUUCUUUUGCAUAAUCAGGGCAAUAGUACUGAACUUUGGAGGUGUUUUUU